GGCGGCGACGGCCGUGGUCCGGCGGCCUGGGACAGAGUCAGAGUCGAUGGUGGCAGCGGCGGCGACGGCGGCUGCCGCGACGGUGGCGACGGCCGCAGGGACUCGGAGCUGAGAGGAGCUGCUGCUCGGACCAGCGCGGUUAUAUUUCACACUAUGUGCUGACUGUAUCUACAGAAGAUAUUUAAAAAAAAGAUAAACUUUUUUCCAAGAUUUUGAUUCCAGUGGAAUCUUUGCUUUAGAUUUGUGUGUGUGUGUGUGUGUGUGUGUGUGUGUGUGUGUGUGUGUGUGUGUUAGUGAAUUGUAACUCCAGAAGCAAUGCCUGUACAAGCUCCACAAUGGACGGAUUUCCUUUCCUGCCCAAUUUGCACUCAGACUUUCGACGAAACAAUUCGAAAACCCAUCAGUUUGGGCUGUGGCCAUACUGUUUGCAAAAUGUGCCUGAAUAAACUCCACCGUAAGGCUUGCCCAUUUGACCAGACCACUAUCAAUACAGACAUUGAGCUCCUUCCUGUGAACUCAGCAUUACUGCAGCUUGUGGGUGCUCAGAUCCCUGAGCAACAGCCCAUUACUUUGUGUAGUGGGGUUGAAGAUACAAAGCAUUAUGAGGAAGCCAAGAAAUGCGUAGAAGAAUUAGCAUUGUACCUGAAGCCACUUAGCAGUGCUAGAGGAGUAGGUCUGAAUAGCACUACUCAGAGUGUUCUGAGUCGUCCAAUGCAGAGGAAGCUUGUGACUCUGGUCCACUGCCAGCUAGUGGAAGAAGAAGGCAGGAUACGUGCUAUGAGGGCUGCUCGAUCUUUAGGUGAGCGCACAGUUACAGAGCUCAUUCUCCAGCACCAGAAUCCUCAGCAACUCUCCUCUAAUCUCUGGGCAGCAGUCAGAGCUAGGGGAUGCCAGUUCCUUGGACCAGCAAUGCAGGAAGAAGCUCUGAAGCUAGUCUUGCUGGCCUUGGAAGAUGGUUCUGCGUUGUCACGGAAAGUGUUGGUUCUCUUUGUGGUACAAAGACUAGAGCCACGUUUUCCUCAAGCAUCGAAAACCAGUAUUGGACAUGUUGUUCAGCUCCUCUACAGAGCCUCCUGCUUCAAGGUCACCAAACGUGAUGAAGACUCUUCUUUGAUGCAGCUGAAAGAAGAAUUUAGGACUUAUGAAGCUCUGCGACGAGAACAUGACUCCCAGAUAGUACAAAUCGCUAUGGAAGCAGGCUUAAGGAUUGCACCAGACCAGUGGUCCUCUUUGCUUUAUGGAGACCAGUCUCACAAAUCUCAUAUGCAAUCCAUUAUUGACAAGUUGCAGACCCCUGCCUCUUUUGCACAGAGUGUUCAGGAGCUAACAAUUGCUCUCCAGCGGACUGGAGACCCAGCAAACUUGAACCGACUAAGACCCCAUUUGGAGCUACUAGCAAAUAUUGACCCUAGUCCAGAUGCUCCUCCUCCAACAUGGGAACAGCUAGAAAAUGGCCUGGUUGCUGUACGUACAGUAGUACAUGGGCUGGUUGAUUAUAUCCAGAACCACAGCAAAAAAGGAGCAGAUCAACAACAGCCUCCACAGCAUAGCAAAUACAAAACAUACAUGUGUCGAGAUAUGAAGCAGAGGGGAGGAUGCCCUCGUGGGGCCAGCUGUACAUUUGCACACUCGCAGGAAGAACUGGAAAAAUUUCGUAAAAUGAACAAACGUCUGGUUCCCAGAAGACCCCUGAGUGCCUCUUUGGGUCAACUUAAUGAGGUGGGCCUGCCUUCACCUAUACUUCCUGAUGAAAGUGCAGUGGAUUUGUCCAGCAGGAAACCUCCUGCACUACCAAAUGGAAUUGUAUCGGCAGGGAGCACAGUGACACAGCUGAUUCCACGAGGGACAGACCCCAGCUUUGAUUCUAGUCUGAAACCAGGAAAGCUAGACCACCUGAGCAGCAGUGCUCCUGGAUCCCCUCCUGACCUGCUGGAAUCUGCCCCUAAGAGUAUUUCUGCCUUACCUGUGAAUCCACAUCCUGUACCUUCAAGAGGACCAACAGAUCUGCCUCCUAUGCCAGUCACCAAACCAAUUCAGAUGGUACCUCGAGGUUCUCAGUUAUAUCCAGCACAACAAGCAGAUGUUUAUUAUCAGGAUCCUCGAGGAACUGCCCCAGCAUUUGAGCCAGCACCUUAUCAGCAGGGUAUGUACUAUACUCCAACACCAUGUGUAUCCCGCUUUGUCCGGCCUCCACCAUCUGCUCCUGAACCUGGUCCUCCAUACUUGGAUCAUUAUCCACCCUACCUCCAAGAUCGUGUCAUAAACUCUCAGUAUGGCACACAGCCACAACAGUACCCACCUAUAUACCCACCUCACUAUGAUGGCCGCCGUGUAUACCCUGCUCAGUCUUAUACAAGAGAGGAGAUUUUCCGGGAAAGCCCUAUACCCAUUGAGAUUCCAUCUGCAGCAGUGCCAUCCUAUGUUCCCGAGUCCAGAGAACGAUACCAGCAGGUAGAGGGUUACUAUCCAGUGGCCCCUCAUCCAGCUCAGAUCAGACCUUCAUACCCCAGGGAGCCUCCCUAUAGUCGGCUUCCUCCUCCCCAACCCCAUCCUAGUCUGGAUGAGCUACAUCGCAGACGGAAGGAAAUAAUGGCCCAGUUAGAAGAAAGAAAGGUUAUCUCUCCACCUCCUUUUGCACCUUCACCAACAUUGCCUCCUGCAUUCCAUCAAGAAGAAUUUUUGGAUGAAGAACUGAAGAUAGCUGGAAAAUACAAAGCAAAUGAUUAUAGCCAAUAUUCUCCUUGGUCAUGUGAUACCAUCGGCUCCUACAUUGGAACCAAAGAUGCAAAACCCAAAGAUGUUGUGGCAGCAGGGAGUGUGGAAAUGAUGAAUGUAGAAAGUAAAGGAAUGAGAGACCAGCGAUUGGAUCUUCAGAGAAGAGCAGUGGAAACUAGUGAUGAUGACCUCAUCCCAUUUGGAGACCGACCGACAGUAUCUCGGUUUGGUGCCAUCUCUCGAACAUCCAAAACGCUGUAUCAGGGUGCUGGCCCAAUGCAGGCUAUGGCACCUCAGGGAGCACCCACAAAAUCUAUUAGUAUUUCAGAUUAUAGUCCAUAUGGAGCUCAUGGUGGCUGGGGAGAUUCUCCAUAUUCACCUCAUGCAAACAUACCUCCUCAGGGACACUUCAUUGAGAGAGAGAAAUUGUCCAUGGCAGAAGUGGCCAGUCAUGGAAAACCCCUUCUGUCUGCUGAAAGAGAACAACUACGGCUAGAAUUGCAGCAACUGAAUCAUCAGAUCAGCCAGCAGACCCAGUUACGUGGACUAGAGGCUGUUAGUAACCGGCUAGUGGUACAGAGGGAGGUGAACACCCUGGCGGGCCAGCCACAGCCCCCUCCAAAAUGGCCUGGAAUGAUCUCAAGUGAGCAGCUAAGCUUGGAACUACAUCAGGUGGAAAGGGAAAUUGGGAAGAGAACCCGGGAAUUGAGUAUGGAGAACCAGUGUUCUGUCGACAUGAAAAGCAAAUUGGCUACAAGUAAACAAGCAGAAAAUGGACAGCCAGAACCACAAAACAAGGUCCCAGCUGAAGACCUUACAUUGACAUUCAGUGAUGUACCAAAUGGAUCAGCUUUGACACAAGAGAAUCUCAACCUCCUGUCAGACAAGACCAGCUCUAUGAACCUGUCAGAAGAUCCUGAGGGAGGAGGAGAUAACAGUGAUUCCCAGAGAUCAGGAGUUACUUCCAGUUCUGCUCCCUAGGAUAUGGGCGCCUGCUUCUACCUUCUGCUCCUGAUCAGUUUGUGGGGCAUAGAGAUAGAAGAAUGGAUAACUUCUAAACUUUCUUUCUGAGUGCUCAGCAAAAUCCAGGAAAAGCAGCCGAGGCAAUGUGCACAAAUACCACAACUAAACAAACCUGCACAUAGUUCACAUUAAUGCAUUUUUUUAAUUUAAAGAAAAGAAAAUUAGCAGUAUCUGCAAGCAAUUCAGAUUAAAUUUGUUUUUGUUCUGUGAAUGAACUUUAUUUUAAUAACUUUGGACGCCUUGGAUCCAGGGCUUUAAAAAAAAGAAGAUAUUAUAUAUACACUCUGUUUGAUUAAUUGUAUGAUCUUAAUGAAGUAGGUUUUUCUUGUAUUUUGGUAUUAUUACAUACCCAGUGUAUAAUUCCUUUCUCCCAGUCCUUCCAACUCUCACAACUGUAAACUAAAAUAGACAAAAAAGCACCGUUUCCAAGAAUUCUGUGGUAAUAGAUUGGGUUAUUAGAAACUGUGCAGCAAACUGAUUUUAUUAGAGCAAUUCUUUAACCCCGCUCAUACCCACCCUGUUUCUGGAUCACUGGCUUUGUGGGUAGACACUUUUUUUUUUUUUUUACAACAGUAAAACUUAUUUGAGGGUUUUAAUUUCAACUUUUUAGAGAUAUCAACAGGCAGUUGAUUAUUUUGAGCUACACAUUUCCAUGUUAAGGAUUCCUUGCAUUCUCGCCUCAAAAUCUGAAAGCCUAUUUAGUACUUACGGUGUUUAAUUAGAUAUAAGUGAAGAUUACUUUAAGAAUGAACUCUAAACUGGACAUGAUAGCUCAUUCCUGUAAUCCCAGAACUCAAGAUGUUGAGGCAGGAGAAAACCAAAAUAAGAAAAAGAAAUGAGCUUCAAAUUGUUAAUAAUAAAAAUAAAUAAUUCCUGUUCUCCUGUGUUAAGCUCAUGUUGGAAAAUUGGAGCUGUGCGUACAAAUUAAACUUCUUUUGAAACUCUAGAAUGGAAAAACCAGGACAAUGAACCAUGUCCUAAAACUUGGUGAGAUGGCUCAGCAAAAGAGCAUUGGCUGUUCUCCCAGAGGACCCAGGUUCUUCCCAGCACCCACAGGGAGGCUUACAGCUGCUAGUAACUUCACUUCCAAGGGAUCUCAAAUCCUCUUCUGGCCCUUGUGGGCAUCAGGCACACGUGAGUGCAUGUGCAUACACACAGACAAAACACAUAUAAAUAAAAUUUUAAAAUUAAAUAAACCUUAACACUUGAUAUGAACUGCAAUAAAGAGGGACAUUAUUUCAGUAGAAUUUUUAUUUUCUUUUCAAAAGCAUAAGAGAUUUGGCAGAUAGAAACUGCCUGAGUCUUCAGGAUAGUUUAUGCAUCGAUUACUUGUUGCCACUCAGAAUUACUAGCAUAACUAGUAAUAAAUGACUUGAAGUGAGGUUUCGUAGACUUCGUUUUUCUGACAUUAGAAACGUUUAUGAAAACGUUGAAGAGUAAGGAAGGAUUUUUAUUUAGUUCUGCUGCACAUAUUCUAAUGCUACCACUAUAUGCUUAAUUUACUAAACCUCUGUAAAAUGAGUUCGGUGGGGGACUAUUUUCAUAAAAUCACUCCAUCCCUCUUACUGUCUGAUGUCAGUUUCCCUUUCUAGAUAAUACUUCUAAACAAGAAAGCACUGGUUAUGUAAUAAGUUACUGCAUUGCUUUGGUUGGGUAAAAGCAAAAGUUUAUAUUUUUCUUAUUUCUUAUAUUCUUAACCCUUAACUCCUGCUGAGGUCAGAGCUACCUCAGUCUAAGCUCUGUGUCCAUUUCAUAUUGUUAUUGAAACAAGUGGGUGGGGAUGGGGUAGGGAUGGGAUAGGGGUGGGAAGGGAAAAAUAGUCCUGCCAUUGCCUACCAGUAGGAAAUCCAAACAGAACACUCAUUUGAGUAGCAAUUAUUUAAUUUGCCCAGUCAAGGCACCGUGUUUAUAUACUAUUUCACAUUGAAUUUGAUUAUGCCCUACAGACCUGGCUGGUCAAGGAUUUGAUAUACACAUAUUGGCUUGGGAUUCGAGCUUUCUUUUUUAUUUAAAUGAAAAUUUAUAUAUAUAUUAUAUAUAUACAUAUAUACAUGGCUAUAUCUGUAUAUAUAUCGGGUAUGUUUUAAAGAUUUCUUCGCAUAAGCGCAGCUGUUGCAAUAAAAUGACUGAUUGGGAGGUAGAGGCACCGAAUGACGGUGAGGCAUUUCUCAGUUGAUGCAUACAUUUUCCUUUUAAUUUUAAAUAUUAUACAUUUGUGUGUUUGCUUUUUUGGCCUUUUUUUUUUUUAGGAUAAAAUGUCUUACAUUUAUACGUUACUCAUUAUUUAUUGAGAGAAGGAAAGAACUGUUAUGUCUGACAGGAUUUUUAUUUUUCUGCACAUCUAUAAAAUGCCACAUUAUUGGCCUCUUGCCUUCAGUAGACAGAUUUUGGGCAGAUCUUACCUCCUCUGGACAUGUCAGAUAAUUCUUAAGUCUUAGAAGCAGAUGGUUUAUUUUGGAAAUUAGAAUGGCUAGGGAAAAAAAUCCUGUGUAUUGGUUUUGUUGGAUUUAAGAAUAAAAGUAAAUUUCCAUUGUGAUGUGUGUGAAGCCCCUAAAAGGCACACUGUGCUGCGGUGCACUAGCAUCCCUUUAGGUGUAUUCUUACAUAGGGAGAAAAUUAGUCUCUUAAAUGGUAGCAUGAGUUCCCCAAGCCCCAGUCUCUAUAGCCUAUCUGGGUUGGGUAGAGAGUGGAAGAUGGUGUGCCUACAAUUCUGCUAUUUGUUAUUUGGUCAUUUUCCCUUAUCAAUUCUUGGGUGUGUUUUUUUUGGGGGGGGUGGGGAGUAUUUGUUUGUGCCCACUGCCAAGUUUAGGGAUUCAAUAAAACUCCCCACAACUUUGAGGGUUUUUUUUUCUCCUCCCUUUAACAAACUUUGUGUUAUAAGGCAACAAUAAAUUGAGGCAUAACUCAUGACUAACUGCUGUUUUUGUCAAAAUCUGAAAAGCAUUGAUUUUUGUUUGUGUCUUUAGAGACAUUAAAAAAUGAAACCAUCCAACAGGAAGUGGAGCUUUUGCACCACUGCCACCGCACCCCUUUUAAGACAGAGUCUUAACCAUGUAGCCCAAACUGGUGGAUUCAAGACCCUUCUCUUUCAGCCUCCAAUGGGAUUUCAGGCAUAUGCUGCUGUGCUCAGCAUGCUCAACAAUAUGUGUUUUUUCACAUAAAUGGUUUCUUCUGAAGAUGACUUUUUUCGAGAAUCAUCUCAGAUGAACACAGAAAAUUCUGGAAGUGUUAAGGAGCAUUUUGUUCACACUUGUUCAGAAACAAAGCCAGCAUGUUACUGUAGUGAAUAUGAAAGCACUUUGGUUCAUUCUGUUUUCAAUGAGUCUCUGGAAAAUGGUAAAAAAAAAAAAAAAAAAAAAAAACAAAACAAAA